GGAGGGUGGUCUACCAGAGUUAUGCUCAAAUGUACACGGAUGAUGGCAUUAUCCAGUCGAGGUAACAGAAAAUGCUUUACUACCUAGUAGCAUCGGAUCAGGGUCACCGGGCCAUCUUUUACAGGCGCUCACCCCCCCCCCCCCCGCCCCCCCCGUUAUUGACACUUGUUGCCUGAGUAUGCAUGGAACUGGGAGGGACCGGUAGGACACACAUCUCACACAGAAACCGGGAGAGGGAGAGAGGGCUGCUGACUUAGGGAUUUCUCUCCUCCGUCCUGUCUGUCUCCUCGGACUGAAGCGGCUGCAGAGACGUGGACGAGUGUAGGCACAGCUAUGUUGGGCGUCCUCAUCCUUGUGUCCCUCCCCUCGCUGGUGGCCCUGGUGCCUCCUCCGGUCCCCUGCAGGCACUGCUGUGAUCACCUGGAGCCAGAAGAGGGCAGCGGAGCCCAGCCUCCCAUAGGAGGGUUCAGCCAUGUGCCAGAGGUCCGCACCUACAUCAAUAUGACCAUCCUCAAAGGUGACAAAGGAGAACGUGGCGACAGAGGAACACCGGGUAAAGCUGGACAAGAAGGCCCUCCAGGCUCCAGAGGUCCCAUGGGCUCGAAAGGCACUAAGGGCCAGGCAGGUCUCCCAGGAGACCCCUGCAAAGUCCACUACUCCGCCUUCUCUGUCGGCCGCCGCAAAUCCCUCCACAGCCUGGAGUCCUACCAGGCGCUUGUGUUUGACACAGUCUUCGUCAACCUUGACGACCACUUUAACAUGUUCAAUGGGAAGUUCUUCUGCCAAGUCCCAGGGAUCUACUUCUUCAACGUCAACAUCCACACGUGGAACUUCAAAGAGACUUAUCUACACAUCAUGCACAACGACACCGAGCAGGCCAUCGUGUACGCCCAGCCCAGCGACCGCUCCAUCAUGCAGAGUCAGAGCGUGAUGCUGCAGCUGGAGCUGAAAGACGAGGUGUGGGUCCGCCUGUACAAGAGGGAGAGGGAGAACGCAGUUUACAGUGAUGAUGUAGAUGUCUAUAUCACUUUCAAUGGAUACCUCAUCAAAGGCAGCAUAGAGGGAAACUGAAUAAGAGAGGGAAGGCAAGGCCGAGGAUGAGACUGUUGAGCUCAGUUCUAUUCUUUCUUUUAUAUUUAGAUUAAAAAAGGAGGUUUCACCGUGGUGCUGGAAUUGAAAAUGGUUGCCCAGCGAAUGAGCAAUACCUAGAAAAUGUGAAGAAAUGAACUGAGUACACUCAUCACCCUGAUAGAAAAUUGUCAGAUUCAUUCUCUUUAUACUGCAUACAUGUCACAACUACAUACAUGGUGUCAUUAAAGGAAUAGUCCAACAUUUUGGGAAAUAUGCUAAUUUGUUUUCUUAUACCGACUAGCAAAAACUAGUGGUAUCGAUCUUCUCAUCUAACUCGCCAAUAAGUGUAUUUCUUAAAAUGUCAAACAUGAGCUGCUAAUGUUCUCCUGUCAAUCCCAAAUGCGUAAAACUGGAUGGAUUAAAUAUAAUAAUAGUAUUUUUAGAGAUUAAGCCCAGAGGGCAAUUCAAAAAGACAUAAUCUGUUUACUUUCAGUGACAGAAAAUGCAAAUUGAAAGAUGUCUGAUAUUGAAUAUUCUCACUCUGUAAUGAAGAAACUAACCAGUGGUUUGUGUAGGCUAAUAGAACAUGGUAAGAAAACACUUGGACUGUUAUAGAGUUUUGUAUGUGGUGCUAACACAUGGUGCUAACUGAACUUU